ACACCUGAGCCUAGCUGGCUUUGUAACCCGAGAGUUUUGUGUCUUCUCCCACUCCCAUCUUCCCCCGGGAGACGACGGCGCCCCUUCUUGCAAGCCACUCUUGGAGAGACAGCAGGGACGCCUCAGGUAUGAUGAUGUCAAACGUGAUGCUGAUGCUACAGUUACAGACGCGGCCCCUCCUGGCGCAGCCUCUCUGAAUCUCUUCCUCUCCGGGUCCAGCGCUGGGCUUUUUCAGACAAGUGCAUCUCCUAACCAGGUCACAUUUCAGCCACGACCCACUAGCCGUCUGUUACUGGAGUCAGACCGCAGGAGGAGGGCUGCUGAGGAAGACGACAGUGGUUUGCUUCGCCAGCCGCGGGGUGAGAGGAAAAGGACCAGAAAAUACUGCAGAAGUCAAGACCCCCCCACCCAGGUGGAAUCCAGACCGCGAUGCGUGCUCCGGGCUGCGGGCGGCUGGCGCUGCCGCUACUGCUCCUGACCGCGGCCGCCCUGGCCGAAGGCGACGCCAAAGGGCUCAAGGAGGGCGAGACCCCUGGUAAUUUCAUGGAGGACGAGCAAUGGCUGUCGUCCAUCUCUCAGUACAGCGGCAAGAUCAAGCACUGGAACCGCUUUCGAGACGAGGUGGAGGAUGACUACAUCAAGAGUUGGGAGGAUAAUCAGCAAGGAGAAGAAGCCCUGGACACCACCAAGGACCCCUGCCAGAAGGUGAAGUGCAGCCAUCACAAGGUGUGCAUCGCCCAGGGCUACCAGCGGGCCAUGUGCAUAAGCCGCAAGAAGCUGGAGCACAGGAUCAAGCAUCCUGCCCUGAAACUCCACGGAAACAAAGACACCGUCUGCAAGCCCUGUCACAUGGCCCAGCUUGCCUCUGUCUGUGGCUCUGAUGGUCACACUUACAGCUCAGUGUGUAAGUUGGAGCAGCAGGCGUGCCUGAGCAGCAAGCAGCUGAUGGUGAGAUGCCAGGGGCCCUGCCCAUGCCCCACGGAGCAGGCCACCACCUCCACCACUGAUGGCAAGCCAGAGACCUGCACGGGUCAGGACCUGGCCGACCUGGGGGAUCGCCUGCGGGACUGGUUCCAGCUCCUCCAUGAGAACUCCAAGCAGAACAGCUCAACCAGCAGCGGAGCCAGGCCGGCCAGUGGCCUGGACAAGAGCCUGGGGGCCAGCUGCAAGGACUCUAUCGGCUGGAUGUUCUCCAAGCUGGACACCAGUGCCGACCUCUUCCUGGACCAGACAGAGCUGGCUGCCAUCAACCUGGACAAAUACGAGGUCUGCAUCCGCCCUUUCUUCAUCUGUGACACCUACAAGGACGGCCGUGUCUCCACCGCUGAGUGGUGCUUCUGCUUCUGGAGGGAGAAACCCCCCUGCCUCAUGGAGCUGGAACGCAUCCAGAUCCAGGAAGCUGCCAAGAAGAAGCCAGGAGUCUUCAUCCCGAGCUGUGACGAGGAUGGCUACUACCGGAAGAUGCAGUGUGACCAGGGCAGUGGCGACUGCUGGUGUGUGGACCAGCUGGGCCUGGAGCUGACCGGCACCCGCAUGCAUGGGAGCCCCGACUGCGAUGACAUCGUGGGCUUCUCAGGGGACUUUGGGAGCGGUGUCGGCUGGGAGGACGAGGAAGAGAAGGAGACGGAGGAAGCGGGUGAGGAGGCUGAGGAGGAGGAGGGCGAGGCAGGCGAGGCGGACGACGGAGGCUACAUCUGGUAGACGGCCCGAAGGGGGCCGUGGCCGGCCAGGGGGCCGCGGCCAGGGGACGGGCCAGCAGAGACCUGGACAGAAGCAGACAGCUUACGAAUGGAUCCGGAAAAUACAGUUGGAAGGAUCCUGGCUCCAACGGGGAGGACUGGAAGCGUGAGUGUGCAUGGCACACAUAUGCCAUGUGUGGCCAGGAUGUACACUUGCAUGUGUGCGUGUGCGUAUGUGCGUGUAUAUGUGUGUGCGUGCGUGUGUGCGUGUGUGUACGCAUGCAUGUGUGUACAUGUGCUGACAGACGUUUUCUUGAUCCACACUGCUCCUGGCAGAGUGUCACCCAAAGGCCCCUUUGGCCUCCUUGUAAUUGUUUUCUUUCCAUUUGUUGUUGGUUUAAAAAUAUACAUGUUCACACAUAUUUACCCACUGAAAGGUCAAAACGGAUGAAAUAAGAUGCCCCCCUCGCCACGUCUCCUGGCCGCCUCCGGACCUGCCCUGAUACCCUUGUCCUGAUGGGCGACCCUCAGCUCAGCCGGCCCUGCCUCCUCCUGCCCCUGCCUGCCCUUCUUCCUCCCCUUCUGGCCUGUGGGCAUGUCCCCACCGCAGAGCGGAGGGAGGACAAGGAGCUCUGCUGGCUGGGGAUCCUCCCAAAGCUCGGCCGACUUGGCUGUGACAGCCCCACCGGCCUCCGAUGAGAUGGGCGCGGACACCCACCACAGCUAGCCCUGCCCUGGGCUGGACUCCCCAGCACUAGAAAAACUCUCCUAAGCCAGGCUGGUGUGGCUAGAGGUGGCCGAGAUGGAGCUGGGGGCACAAGCUGAGAAGCAGGCAGACGGGAAGGCCUUGCCACACUGCCCGCUGCCCGGGGGUGGAGUGGGGUCUGAAGGAGGAGGGGCCGACUGGGCAGGAGAUUCUGCCAUUACAGAUCUGGGGGAGAUCUUAGGCGUGGAGACAGGGCAGCCCUGAAUGCCACACCCAGAACCGUCAGCCUCUUUCUCUGGGUCUCAGGUGGGGGCUGUUCCCUGGGGGGCAGGUGAGUUCUGCCUGGCCACGUGGAGUGUGGCACCAGCCCGUCCUCCUUGCUGGGGUCCCCUGGGCCACUCUGGGAGCCUGAGGAUGAGGCUGCAGGUGAAGAGGCCUGGGGCUUGCUGAGGCUGUGUGUCCGCCUCCUCCCUGACCCUUUAGGAAGUGCUCCCCUCCCAGCCAGACCAACAGAAAGGCCUAUCCUGGAGACCCUGUGAAGGAGGAGCAGUGGAAACCUGCCACCUUCCUGCCCUCAGGGACCAUGACCUUUCUCUGUCUCUUUUCCAGGGAGAGGUGCCGUGGCCCAUUUCCAGCCCCACUCCUUUCAGCCCCUGGGGUUUUCUUUGUCCCCUUUGAGGGUCCCCUAGGGCUGCUCUAAUGGAGAGGCUUCUCCAAGCUCUGAAGUAAAUAUUCUGGAGUUGUGAAAAGUCACAGGGUUGGGACUGGGACAGCUAGGCCCUGAGGCCACACCUUGCCGUUUCCCCAGUUCUCUCUAUCAGGUGGAGCCCGGGGUGGAUGAGAAGGUGCCCAUGUCCUCCCCUCCCUGACCCAGUCUGUCCAGUUCUCCCUUAACACCUGCUGGUGAAGAAUUUCUUGCCCAGAGUCGGGCCACUGAUGUCCUUGGGUGCAUGGUGAGUGCAGUGUGAGUGUGCGUGUGUGUGCGUGUGUGCACUUGUGUGUGAGCCAAGGGGCCACCCCUGGGGGCCUGGGAUAUGAGGAGGGGCACUGUGCGUGCUGGGUAGGCAGCAGGGGCUGGGGUCCAUGCAGCGAGGCUCCCUGCACAAGGCUCCGGCCUGGCUCUCCCGGCCUUUGCAGCAUCCGCUGCGUCUGCUGGACUUUAUGGAAGAACCUCCACUAGUCUGCCCCUUCACUGCACCCUGGAAUCUACAUCUUCCACGUCCUCUCUUCGGGGGAAAUAAUGAAACUCCAGCUACUCCCCUAAACCGCUUCUUCUUCUGUAGCACAGUUCUGGCCCUUAAGGUGUCGCGCUGUUCCAGGUCCCCCAUGUCCCGUCUCCCCACUGUCCCCUUCCCUGACCUCCCACCUCCUCCCUCUGGUCCCCGGCUCAGUUCAGUUCAGGGAAAUGUCCUUCACAUCCGCCCUCUGCUCUCUGAGCAGCAGCUUCUUUCACUCGGAGCUACUUGAAACUUCCUGCUCUCGCUAGGAUUUAAAUCUGUCUGUCUCUCCCCUCUGCCCCAGCUCAGACUUCUGGAAUGUCCUCUUGGGGGCGGCGGCUGUUUAGGAUGCUGGAGGAUUCUGGGGUGGGAGGGCAGGGAGGAAGGGGUGCCUCUCUCCUACUGUUCUCCUCUCCCAGGGGUGCGUAUGCUCUCUCCGUGUCUUCUGGUUGUGCACGUUUUUAUGACCUUGUAAAUAUGUUGUAGAAAGAAAGCAAAAGGCAUUGAACCAGACCCUGGUGGGACUCAGGGGUCCAGCCUUGCCCUCCCUGCCUCUGAAGCCCCCACACUGCUUUUCACCUCACUCUCUGAGAUAGAGAUCCCCAAAACUAGACAAAGCAGCUUGUGCCCAGGAAGCCGAAGGCCUCCAAGUGAGUUCCCAUCCAACAAGCUGCAGGUUUCCUCGUGGUCAGGGUUUCGGGGUGGCCUUCCUCAGCACCUUGGAUUUGUUCCCUGGAUUACACCGCCUACCACCUGGCCUUCCCAUGCUCCUCUCCUUGGGUGUCCUCUGUCUGUCCUGUCCCCACUCCCCUGGCUUAGGCAGGCAGCAGAACUAAGGCUGUGUUGAAAAGAGCUCAACCAAAAUGUUAAAAACAGUUUCUCGCCUGGCCCUGGAGUUGCCCAAAGCCUCCUUCUUACCCAUGGGUGCUGGGAGAAACGGGUGUGUCUAAGGUGGGGUAGGUUGGAGUUGGAGAGAACAAAUGUGCCUUGAGAGACAACUCAGAGAAGGUCCAAGAGUGAUGUGGGAGGAGGCGUGGCCAGGCGCUCAGGAAGGAGGGAGAGGCUGAUGAGACCCACGGGGCAUCAUGACUGCUCUCUAUUGUCCUGCUGGGUCUGUGAUGACAUGGGGUCACUCAUCAUCCUUCCUUCCUCGUGCCAGCCUGCCUGGUUUUAGUGGGCAGGCCACCCACUCAGCCUUUCAUGAGUUCCAUCUGCUUCCAAUUCACCUCUGAGUGGGUGGGUCCAUCGGGAUUCACAUGGGAACUGUCCAUUUCACCAAAGCCUCACCCUCGGCCCUUGGGGAGAAAGAAUGGCUAAUCUGGCAUCAUCGUGAGGCUGUGGGCUGGCAGGGGUCAAAGGGAAGAGCCACUGGGGGUGCAAAAGCAGACUCGAGACAUCCCAAGGAAGUCCCAAGCAGAGCAAACUGCUUUAUAGCCUGAAGCUACUUAAACUGUGUCAUGUGCAAUAACUGAGCUUAGAGUUAAGAAUUGUGUUCAAGUGCUUGGAUUUCCGUCUGUAUAUUUAAGUGCUGAAAUUGUAUCUCUCAGUAAUUUUAGAUGUCUUUUUAAAACUCGAAAAACAAAGUGUUAGACCGUGUGUGUGCAUUGAUGGGCACUCAAGCGUCCCGUGGAUCACCCCCCCCUCCCUUUAUCCUGUGCCCCACCCCCACCCCUCACGCUCCAGCCCCCACCUCCACUUGGGGACUCUGCCUCGUGUUGUCUUUAUCUGCCUAUUCCUCAGCCUAAGGAAACCAGUACACUCCACACAUGCAUAAAGGAAAUCAAAUGUUAUUUUUAAGAAAAUGGAAAAUAAAAACUUUAUAAACACCA